AUGUUGGCUGCUAUGAGUCGCUCUCUUCUUAUUCUCUCAUCAUACGAUUCCUGUGAAGACGAAUACAGUUCCCAAUAUGCGAUCGAGAUAGUAAAAAAACCGAAGUUUUGUCAGAGAACGACGGCUGGAAUAUUUAUUCCAAAAUUUGCCGAUAACAACUUUGGCUAUAACAGUGUUGGAGUUUCGAUCAGCACUAAACAAUUGCUAACCAAACGCGUUCGAAAUGAAUACCAACGAAUUUUUUGGAAAGAGCAGGAAGUUCUUAAGCAACAGAAGAUCUUGCUCGCCAAAAUCGAAGAACUUCGCUUGGAUUCGGGAAGAAGAGACACAAGAAAAUUACCAGAUAUGAAUUACGAAAAAACGCAAUAUUACGACGGCAAAUGCUCACCGCCUUAUAGUAUCGCGCUAUCAAGUGACGAUGGUAUCGGAAGCGCAAGUGAUUUGUCCGAAGAUGAGUUGAUUUUCGAAGAAGAUAUGAGGAACGGUGUGAAUUUUCACUUUGAAACAAGGAAGAAGAAGGAACCAUUAAAAGAAUUCGCGGAACAGCCAAAAGAAGUGUAUAAAGAUAAGACGAAUCAAUAUUGGAAUCGUAUGGAGAUGAAUCAUAUUGAGAAGAGGAGAGACGUUGAAAUGUCGAAAAUUCUCGACGAUGAAAAUAAGGAGAAUGAAAAUGUCAAGCAACGCUAUACGAAGAAGGUUGAAGAGAAGGCGGCAAAAAAGGAAUCAGCGCCGGCUGCUAGUCAGAUCGGAUACACAAAAGAAUCACUACUCAAAUUGCUACAAGAUGAAUAUAAAGUUAAACAAGUUGAAGAUAUAGAGUUACACCCAUUUGGAACUGACGGCUUCUGUUCGAGCAUCGUGCAGGUCACAUUGACUUAUGACGAUAAAACAACCGAAAGCGUUAUUGCAAAGUUUCCGGAAACGGGAAAUAUCAAAAAUGCUUUAGAGAUCACGACGGAAACGAUAUUGCCAGAUGGCGCUGAUCAACAGUUCGUCAGCAAUCUAUUGUUUUUCUUCAAUCGAGAGGUCCAAUUUUAUUCGAUGCCACCCGUUCCACGAUUACACGUGCCCAACAUAACACUUCUCAAGGAAUGCAAACAAGGACAACUAACCGGAGUAAUUCUCAUGCAAGACUUGAGAGAAUAUCUCAGUGUUCCCUAUCACGACUCGCUAAACAUUCACCAGCUAACUUCAAUUGGAAAUCAACUUCACGAACUGCAUCUUUCCUCUCUUGAUAUGAAUCCGGAUUUGGCGAGUCAAUUCGAAUUUCCAAUGGGACUCAUCGAUACAUAUGCGUCAACUCACGAAUAUGUGAAGUUGUUUGCUGAUAGGCAUGCGGAAUUGAGGCCAAUGUUCAAAAAAGUUGAGAAACUGUAUAAAGACAGAGAGCUGUUUAUUAGGCUUCUUCGCGAUGCUCACCGAGACUUGGGAGCGCCAAGUGUCAUGUGCCACGGUGACCUCUGGUCAUAUAAUCUGCUAUGGAUUCCCAGCCCCGAUGAUCCUAGUGUGGCAUCGAAUCAUCUAGCAUACAUCAUUGACUGGCAGAAUUUCCAUAUUGGAAAUCCAGCGGAAGACAUUGGACAUGUUCUCACGUUUUGCUGCGAUCCCGAAACACGACGCUAUGCUGAAAAAAACUACCUGCCCAUCUAUUACCAAGAGCUGAAAAUUAAAGCCGCACAAUUGAAGCUUAAUUUCGAGAUGACCAUGGAACAGUUUCUCAGCUCAUAUAGGCGAAAUUACAUUGCUAAUUCGCUCUUUUGCGCGUUUAUCAUUUCCGUAAUGCUACGAGUGAAGCCAGCAAAAAAUAAAUUCAAACAAUUCUUCAACACUAAAAAACUUAUACGAAAGGUGAUUGAAAACUGGAGCGACGCUCUAGAUGCACUUCAUGAAGAAUAUCCAAAUUAUCCAAUGUAA